GAAUUUUCUCGCGACCCGAGAAGACCUCCAGCGCCACUUACAGACCCGACCACCAUGUUGGAGUGCGAGACCAUGACCCCGAUGACGACGACCAACCAAGAUGAGAUCUUUGGCUACGAACACAACAGCGCGAUGGACAUGCCCGAGCUGCCGUCGACGCCCGAGACGUCGCCGCGCCAGCUCGUGCGCUCCAAGAGCUGGGGCAGCCUCGCCCGCGCGGCCACGACGCCCAAGCUCCUCAACGUCCGUGCGCCCAAGCAGCAGACCCACUGGCGCCGCAGCCAGCCCGCAAUCCUGCAGUGGGCGCCGCUCGACAUCUCGGUCGCCGAGAUCCGCAUCGUCUUGCUCCAGAAGAGCUCGCUGACCAACACGCGGUCGUACACGAUCAUCGCCGACCACGUCGAGAACAACGGUCUCUUUGUACUGAAACAAGUGCCUGCGUCGCUCACGAAGGACAAGGACUACUUCGUGCGCUUCAUGUCGAUGGACGGCAAGCUCUUUGUCGACAGCGAAACCUUCUCGAUCGGAGAGUAAGGUGGCCGCGCCGUAAAUUAUAUAUCUAGUAUUUAAGCAUCCCUAUCAACUAUUCCAUCAUUAUACACAUGUACUUCU